CAAAGUGUCGCUAUCCUUCUCCCCGCCGGAGUGCUGCUCUUGCAUUCUCUGUUGUGAAAUAUCGGUGUAUUGAAGACGACGCGUCUUUGAACAUCAGCGGGAGUUCUGCGAAGGGGUUAUCUCAAGUCUCACAAUUCAAUACAGACGAAAUGAUGGCUACUUCUACAAUACAAAAUAAUUCAUACGUGUGCAGCUUCAAAUCUGAUGACCCAACCACAAUUGUAUCAGUGUAUUCUCUUAACGUGAGAAUCAGACGACGAACUCCAGGGCAGUGCUUAUCACAGUUCAAUGUCCUACCUGCAAACUACAUAACAGUGAAUAAUUGUUCAACUGUGUUCCAUCCGUUUGAGAGACUAAACGUUACAGCGAAGCUCCCGAUAUCUAUCUACUUUGAUAUCCCAUGUGUGUCUUCAACGUUAAUUUGGCUCCUGAUCAAUGCAUCCAACCCUUUUGAUGUAAGAUGUCAACCAGUGGCCAGCACAGGGGAGAUCACAACUCGGCCAAAUAAGGAUGUGCUCCCCAUAUCACGAUUCCCCACCUGGUGUGUUUAUAGGAGGGGUGGCUGCGGGAGCUGUUAUUGUCAUCCUGGUCGGUCUUGCAGUGUACGUCCUCGUUAUCAGACGUCGGUACGAUCUGACUGCGUGAAGAAACAAGGAGACACGCCAGCUUCUGUUGAACAACACCCAACUUACUCCGGCCUGUCAGCAAGAGCUGAUGUCAACAACUAUGCCAUUAUCGAACAGACCUCAAGAUCUCAAGAGGAUACUACACAUGGGUCAACGGCUACCACAGAUUACCAAAACAUAUGA